AUGUCGGACUCGAAUGAAAUGCCGUCGUUCAAAUCUUACCAGGAUCAGGCCAAUUUGUUCGUGAAGGAUUAUAUACUAGCAGAUUCUUUGAUUCCAUAUACUUCUGUUAUUGGUGGCAUUCUUGCUUGCAAACUGAUCUAUGAUCUUACUCAUCUCAUUGGUACUAAUUACUUUAAGACCUAUUCCAGCUUCUCAAAAAUCCAACGGAUCGAGUGGAAUAACCGAUCUGUAUCAACUAUUCAUUCAAUUUUCAUAACAGCUAUGUCAUUAUACUUGGUGUUUUGCUCAAAUUUAUUUUCUGACAACCAGUCUAAUGAUCCUAUUACAGUUCGUAACUCUUCUUUGUCGACAUUUGCACUUGGGGUUUCUGUAGGUUACUUCAUUUUUGAUUUAGCGAUGAUCCUUUGGUUUUUUCCUUCUCUUGGUGGAUAUGAGUAUGUGGUUCAUCAUAUGUUUUCAUUAGUAGCAGUAGCGUAUUCAAUGUUGAGUGGGGAAGGACAGCUUUACACAUACAUGGUCCUGAUCUCGGAAACAACUACUCCAGGAGUCAAUUUGAGAUGGUAUCUCGACGUAGCUGGUAUGAAAAGAUCCAAAGCUUAUCUCAUCAAUGGGGUUGUAAUAUUCCUUGCUUGGAUGGUUGCCAGGAUACUUUUGUUUGUCUACAUGUUUUACCAUGUGUACCUGCACUUUGAUCAGGUUGAGCGUAUGCACAUCAUUGGACAACUAUUGGUAAUUAUUGUACCAAUGGUGCUAUCUGUUAUGAACUUGGUUUGGUUUGCAAAGAUUGUUAAAGGCUUGAGGAAGACAUUGGCAAAGAGGCAAUAA